AUGACAGGCAUGAAACCCCAAAACGACUCCGUUUCUGGGGACCCUUCGCAUGCAGUUGCCAAAACCAUUGAGGAUUUCGAUCCUCCUAAGAAAACAAACAGAAAUAAGUUUGCUUUCGCUUGUGCAGUUCUGGCUUCCAUGACUUCCGUCCUUCUUGGUUAUGAUAUCGGAGUGAUGAGUGGAGCAGCUUUGUACAUAAAAGAUGACCUUAAAAUCAACGACCUGCAGAUCGAGUUUUUGGCUGGAACCAUCAACAUCUACUCCUUGGUUGGGUCAUGCGCUGCCGGCAGAACCUCCGACUGGAUCGGCCGUCGUUACACCAUCGUAAUAGCAUGUGCCAUUUUCUUCGUCGGAGCAAUUCUUAUGGGUUUCGCCACUAACUAUGCCUUCCUCAUGUUCGGUCGUUUUGUCGCUGGCGUCGGGGUCGGGUACGCACUCAUGGUUGCCCCCGUCUACACUGCCGAGGUCUCGCCCGCUUCCUCACGCGGCUUUCUCACCUCCUUCCCCGAGGUGUUUAUCAAUGGCGGAAUAUUGUUGGGAUACGUAUCGAACUACGCAUUCUCCAAGUUGCCCCUGCAACUGGGUUGGCGGUUCAUGCUGGGUAUUGGAGCCGUACCGUCAGUGAUUCUUGGCAUAGUGGUGUUGGCGAUGCCGGAGUCGCCGCGGUGGCUGGUGAUGCAGGGUCGACUGGGAGACGCCAAGCGCGUGCUCGACCAAACCUCAGACAGCACGGAAGAAGCCCAGCUGAGACUCAUCGAAAUUAAAGAGGCAGCGGGAAUCCCAGAGGACUGCCAAGACGACGUCGUGGAGGUGCAGAAGCAAUCUCACGGUGAGGGUGUAUGGAAAGAGCUGCUGUUUCAUCCCACGCCGUCCGUUCGCCGCGUUCUGAUCGCCGCCAUUGGCAUCCACUUCUUCCAACAAGCUUCGGGAAUCGACGCCGUCGUUCUAUACUCGCCAAGAAUCUUCGAGAAAGCCGGAAUCACGUCGUCCGACCACAAGCUACUCGCCACGGUAGCCGUCGGAUUCGCGAAGACAGUGUUCAUCCUGGUUGCGACGUUUUUGCUGGACAAGAUCGGACGGCGACCGUUGCUCCUAAGCAGUGUGGGAGGAAUGGUUGUGUCGUUGUUGACGCUGGCGACGAGUCUGACAAUUAUCGAGCACAACCCAGGGAAGAGGCUGACGUGGGCUAUCGGACUGAGCAUCGCCAUGGUGCUGUCGUACGUAUCGACGUUCUCAAUCGGGAUGGGGCCCAUCACGUGGGUGUACAGCUCCGAGAUUUUCCCGUUGAGGCUACGCGCGCAGGGGACUAAAAAAGGAGGGCUUCAGUCGCCUCUCGUUGGCAUAUGCUAA